AUGAAGGAAAAAAGAGAAUCUUCUGAAUCCAGUUGUGACUCGUCAAGUGAUUGCUAUGUCGAGUCAAUCACACCUCCACCCGAUAAUAAUACAACACCUAGUGAAGAACAAUAUAUUCUCCCGAAUUAUUACAACGGACUUCAAAAUGUUGAAACAAAUUCUUACUAUUCCUAUGUUGAAAAUGUUAAGGGUUUUCCUCAGUUUAAUGUUUAUUAUCAAAACUAUGAUGCGACCUUAAAUACAAAUCAUAACAUGCCCAUGUACACUAGUAGUGACUACUUUAGAAAUGAUCCAAAUAUUUAUCCUACAUAUUAUUACCCCUGCACUGAGCCUGAAAAUACUUACACGGAUGUAAAUCAAAAUCAAUAUCUUAAAGACGAGGAACAAAAUUGGUCAGCUAAUGCAUUUGACUUAAACUUUUUA